AUGGAAGAAACUCCACAUUUAGUUGCUCAUUUUAUGGCUGUUGGAGCAGAAAAACGUUUAGAAGAUUAUCAUUUUUUACGUAAUACUUAUGAAACAAUUACAGGACAAGAAAUACAACUUAAUCGUAUUUUACGUAUGCUCGGUGAAGAUGAAAUUAAUCUCAAUUGGCGAGCGGAUUUAUUGCCAAUAGGUAGAGCUCGACGUCGAACUCUUUAUGAAUUUAAUCAAUUGAAUAAUACAUUAGUUUUAAAAGGCAGUAUUGCUUAUGAACGUCUUCGAGACUUAGAACAUGAGACAUUUCAACGCACAAGAGAACCAUCAAUGCCAACAUCUUCUCGUCGUGUACAAGAAUUACGAGAACGUCGACAACGAUAUAGUGAACAACGUGAAUGUCCAUCAUCAAGUUUAAAUGGAACUGCUGUUUCUUCGUCAUCAUCAUCAUCUCGUUUACGUGCAUUAAAUGAAUAUGAUACAGCAUUAGCUGAUUCGGAAAAAAAACGACAACAACAAGCAGAAGAAAAUCGUUUAAAUGCAUCGAAAAAUAAGGAAAAGGAAUCAAUAGAAAAUAAACGUGAAAAAUUCAAAUCUAUGUUCGAUGAUGAAAACUCAAACUAUGGAAAAUCAAAACAACAGAAUGAAGAUAGAAUAAAUAAUCGUUCAACAAGAACUGAUCUCUCAAAUGAAGAUAGAACAAAUAAUCGUUCAACAAGAACUGAUCUCUCAAAUGAAGAUAGAACAAAUAAUCGUUCAACAAGAAUUGAUCUCUCAAAUGAAGAUAAACGUCAAAAAGUAUCUGAAGAUCAACAGAACAAUUCUGAUCGUAUUCGAAAAUCUUCUAAUAAAUCUGAUUAUGACAAGACUGGAGAUAUUGAAUUAAUAUCAUUUACUGUUCGUUGUGAAACUGUUCCAUCAUUAAAUAACGCACAAAAUGAAGAAGAUGCAUCGAUUCGUCUAUUUUGUAAAUGGGCAUCACCAAGUUCAUCAUCUGCUAUUAAUUAUUAUACAAUUGAACGUCAAAUAGGUGAUAAAGAAGAAUGGUUACCUAUUGGAGAAAAAAUUGAUAAAUUAGACAAUCAAACUCAAUUAGAUAUUUCAUUAUUGAAAGAUGCUGAAAAUUCAAUAAAUAAAAAUCUUCCAUCCUAUUUUCGUCUUAAAGCACAUCUUCAAAAUGGUCAAACAUUUAUGAGUAAACCAACUGAUGGAAUUAAUCUUAAUUUAUCACGAGAAAAAAAUCUCAUUAUACCUGAUGUGGAAAUUCUUUCACCAAAUUCCGUUCAAUUAACAUGGAACGAUGAUAUAAAUGAAAAUAAAAUUGGAAAAGAUGAUAAUGAUAAUAAAAAUAAUAAUAAUAAUAAUAUUAAACAAAAGGAAAAAUCAAAUCUCUAUGAUAUUCAAAAGAAAGAAGAACAAGAAUCGGAAUGGGAAAAAGUACUUGAAGUACCAUUAUCUCAACAUUCAGCUAGACUUGAUAGUUUAACUGAUGCUAAACAAUGUCAAUUUCGUUUGAUACCGACAUCAUCUGAACCGGAAGAAAUUACAAAAACAGGUACAACAGAUAAAAUUAGUUUUAAAGAAAAGGAAGCCGAACCUGAAGUAUUAACCGUACAUAAUGUUAAUGAAUUAUUAAGUUCACUACAUAUCGUACCAACAUCAUCAACUACAGUUGAUAUUGAUAUAUCAGAAGAAGGUUUUAAAGAAUAUGAUAGUUAUAAAAUUGAAUAUACAGCAAGUAAUCAAUUAAAUCAAUGGAAACAAAUGUCGGAUAUUACUCAUGAUAAUCCACAUUUAACGAUUGAUAAUCUUAAACAAGGAACUGACUAUAAAUUCCGUUUUACUCCCAUGGUAUCAGGAACAACAGCAGCAAAAAAUGAAACAAAUUCUUCUCAACUUUCACUUAUUCUUGAUGUUAAAACGCCAUCAUCACGAAGAGGACGAUUCACUCAAAAUGAAAGUGAAACUCCUACUACUACUUCACCACCAGUAUCAACUAAAGAACUAUUUGCUGAACAUGAAAUUGAAAGUUCUACAGCAAGUCCAUCUAACUUCUCAAAUAAAGACGUAUUUACUGAAAAUGAAACUGAAGGUUCAACGGCUGUAUCACCUCAAUUAUCUACUAAAGAAGAAUCCGUCGGAAAUGAAGAUGAAAAUUCUAACGCUAAUUCAUCACAUUUUCCAUCACGAGAAGAUAUCGAUCAAAAUGAAGAUGAAAAUGAAGCUUCUGUUCCUAAUUCACCUAAAUCUUCCUUUCAAAAAAAUAUUAAUGAAAAUAAAAGUGAAACUUCUGCUACUACUCCACCUCAAUUUAGAAUACAAAAACUUGAUUCAACUAGUGUUCUUAUUGAAGCAAUUGUUCCAGAAGAAGAACCAGCAACAUUUGAAGAUGUUUUUGAAGUUUUUUCGAAAAAAGAAACCGCAGAUAAUGAUGAUGAGGAGAGUGAUUGGACUAAAGUUGGAACAAUCGAUAAAGAACAUUUAAGCACUACAGUUGACAAUCUUGAAGAAGAUACAUCGUAUGAAUUUAAAGUUGAUAAUAUAACAUCACCAUCAGCUGAUGAUGAAAGUAAUACUAUGCAAGUAUUUAAAAUUGAUACAAAAUCAGUAAAAAAAUAUGAUCCAUCGUCAUUACUAGAAAAAAUUGAAGAAAGUCUAGAAAAUGUUGUUAAUGGUGUCAUGCGAGCAGCUGCUGGUCAUCAAAUUGUUGAAGAACCAAUAAAUCAUAGUUUAAAUGAAGUAAUUAGAGAAGUAUUUCGUGAUGAUGCACUUCUACCAAACGAGGAAUAUGGUUUUGAUACAUUAGCAUUAAAUACAGAUUUACAAUUAUAUCGUGGUCCAAAACAAAUGAUGUUGAAAGACUUAGAAGUUGAUGAAACUAUUGAUCUAUCAAAACAUUAUGGUGAAAUAAUUAUUCAUAAUUAUGGUAAUUCACAACAAUCAGUUAUUGUUCGAGAAGAAAAUGGUAAUACACGUGUGGGAAAUAUUGAUGGUGAUAUAAUUAUACGUAAUGUUGUUAGUGAUGUUUUAUUAAAAAAUGAGAAAACAAAUAAUCAAUUAUCAAUGAAUAUUGUUGGACAAGCUUUUCUAAAAGGUGUUCAAGGAUCUUUAAUUGCAUCGAAAUUUAGAGGAAUUAUUGUUGUGAAAAAUGUAAAUAAACGAUAG